CCGCCCCAGUGCAUGGUUCUUUUGCUUGUCGAGUAUUCUAUAAAUUAAUUCCCGCCCCGCUAUCCUCAUGUCGCUGCCUCAUCCCGUCACCACGCCCAACACCAUGCCGCCGAGCAAAGAGACUGCCAGGCAUGAGUGUGUCUCCGAGGACGCCCUGCAGCACCUCAGGACCUACAAGUAUUCCAGCGUCGACAAGUCCUUCGUCUCGCGCUACAUCCUGAAGCAUUACUGGAACGCCUUUGUCGAGCUGCUGCCGCUCUGGCUCGCGCCCAACCUCGUCACCCUACUGGGCUUCUGCUUCAUCCUGGGAAAUGUCGCGCUGCUCGAGGUCUACAUCCCGGAUCUGGUCGGCCCGGCUCCGUCAUGGGUCUAUUACAGCUUUGCUUUUGGCAUGUGGAUGUACUCGACCAUGGACAAUGUCGACGGCAAGCAGGCGCGUCGCACCGGCACGUCGAGCCCGCUAGGAGAGCUUUUCGACCAUGGAAUCGACUCUUUAAACUGCACGCUGGCCAGUCUGCUGGAGACGGCUGCCGUGGGAUACGGGUCCACCAAGAUUGGCGCCUUUACUGCCCUGAUCCCCGUCCUGCCCAUGUUCUUCUCGACAUGGGAGACGUACCACACGCACACGCUAUAUCUAGGAUACUUCAACGGCCCUACCGAGGGUCUGAUUCUUGCAUGCACCUUUAUCUGCAUGUCCGGCUACUUUGGCCCGGAGAUCUGGUCCACGCCGCUCGCAAACUACUUUCCAUCCUACAAGGCCGAGAUUGGCGACAUUACCCUCAAGGAGCUCUGGGUCCCCAUCAUUCUCUUUACCUUCUUUGUCGCGCACCUCCCGGAAUGCAUCAUUAAUGUUGCGCGCGCCCGCCGAGCCCGGAACCAGCCUUUUCUCCCCCUGCUCAAGGAAUGGACGCCCCUGGUCAUCUUCGUUGUAUGCACCAUGGCCUGGCUGGGAUCGCCCUACUCGAAGCUGCUCGAGAACAACCACCUUGUCCUUUACUGCCUCACCAUGUCGCUCGUUUUUGGACGCAUGACAACCAAGAUCAUCCUGGCCCAUCUUACCCACCAGCCCUUCCCCUACUGGACCAUUAUGCUCGCGCCCAUGAUUGGCGGCGCCCUGAUUGUCAACCACCCCUACUUCACCAUUCCCGGCACCACAUUUGGCCCCGUCUCGGCUACCUUUGAGCUCUGGUACCUCCGCGCCUACUUUGUCUUUGCCGCCAUUGUCUACGGCAAAUGGGCCCACCUCGUCAUCACCAGCAUCUGCAACUACCUUGGCAUCAACUGCUUCACCAUUCCCAACAAGCCCAUUGAAAAGAACGGUCGCCCUAAUGGUGUUGUAGACGGCAAGGGCCGUACUGACUAGUCAGCUGAUGCUGAAGUUGCUGCAACAAUCGGGCCUUUUUUCUUCUUCUUCUUCUUCUUCUUCUUCUUCUUCUUCUUCUUCUUGUUUUGUUUUUGGUUUUGUUUUUGGCCACGAAACGAAUCACUACGAAUGGACCGACGACGACCCAUUAUCCAUACUUUUUUUUUAACUCGUACGAGUAUGAGUACUCAUAUACG